GACAGCAUGCAUGAUCCUCGCACAAUGUUGGCAACGUACAUGCUAGCCUGCACAUCGAUUGCCUUGUCACACCUACACAGCGUUAGGCGGACUAGCUGCACAAACCAGCACAGAACCCCGAUUCAGACGCUGGAGCUGAUACCCGAAGUGGCGAGAAUUGUGCAGAGAUUUUUACAUCUAGGUAGGGUUAGGAGGAACCGAAUCGAUUAAAGGGAG